UACUGAUCUGACUCACUACCAAACUAACCUAACCUAACCUUUUGAAGAGUAAAGGCCUUUACUCAGCUGACUGUGUCAUCAUUAUACAUACAAUGAUUGAUAAGUUGUUCUUGGAGAAGAAUGGUUACACGUUUAAGAGCAACCUGGGAGCAGGCAUGUAUGGCAAAGUUGUGUGUGCAUACUCAACCCAACGGCAGCGGAAGGUUGCCAUAAAGAUUGUAGACACAAAAAAGUUCAAUUCUGAUAACUGGGAGGUCUUCCUGUCUCGGGAGAUGGAGAUCAUCAGGUCUUUGAAUCAUCCCAACAUUGUCAAGACUUACCAGAUUUUAGAAAUGAAAAAGAACAGGACAGUCUAUAUGGUGAUGGAGCUUUGUGUAGAAGGUGACCUCUUGAAGUAUAUCAAAAACAAAGGGGCCUUACCUGAACACUCAAGCUGCAGGUUUUUCACACAGCUGUGUGAGGCGAUCCAGUAUCUUCACAGCAGGGAUGUGGCACACAGAGACCUGAAAUGUGAAAACCUGCUGCUGGACACGUUUCUCAACCUCAAAGUGUGUGACUUUGGGUUCAGCAAGAGGCUCACUUACACGGAUGGCCAGAUAAAGCUGAGUGAAACUUAUUGUGGCACCCCAUCCUAUGCAGCACCUGAGGUUUUGAGUCGUUCUCCAUACAACCCCAAAGUGUCUGAUGUUUGGAGUAUGGGUGUUGUGCUGUAUAUGAUGCUCUAUGCAUCAGAGCCCUUUAAUGCCACCAACAUUGGGAAGAUGGUGGAGGUUCAAAAGAAGCAUAGAAUCAGCUUCCCAAACAGUCCGUCCGUUUCAUCGGAGGCACAGGACCUUAUCCAAAGCAUUCUGCACCCUAUUGUUGAGUGGCGCAUUACAAUCAGCAACAUAUUACAGAGCACCUGGAUGUUGAGGAGAGGGAGAAUGGAGGAGAGUGAUGAGGCCUCCACCUCAGUCUCUGACUCUGGACAAGAAGAACCUCCAAGUGAAAAGGCCACAGAGGACAAGGAACUUUCAAAUGAUAUUUCAGAUCCAGGAGAAGGACCAUCAACUGCUGCUGAAAGACAAUGACAAAACAUUGAAAAUAAGAAGCUGACAAAAGUUAAAAUAAAAGCAUUCACUAUCA